GCUCCUGCGCCUCCGCCACCGCCGCCGGCCCAGGAUCUCGUUCAGCCCGACAGACCCAUCGGAUAUGGUGCCUUUGGCGUUGUCUGGGCGGUGACGGAUCCAAGGGACGGUAGGAGAGUGGCCUUGAAGAAACUGCCGAACGUCUUUCAGAGCCUCGUGAGUAGCAAACGGGUCUUCAGGGAGUUGAAGAUGCUCUGCUUCUUCAAACACGAAAACGUCCUGUCGGCCCUGGACAUCCUUCAGCCACCACAUCUGGACUUCUUCCAAGAAAUAUACGUGAUCACGGAGCUGCUUCAGAGCGACCUGCACAAGAUCAUCGUCAGCCCUCAGCAUCUCAGCCCCGACCAUAUCAAGGUCUUCCUCUACCAGAUCCUUCGAGGCCUCAAAUACCUUCAUUCAGCCAGAAUCCUGCACAGGGACAUAAAACCAGGGAACUUACUCGUGAACAGCAAUUGCGUACUAAAGAUCUGCGACUUCGGUUUGGCCCGAGUGGAAGAACCCGAUCAGAACAAGCACAUGACGCAGGAAGUGGUGACGCAGUAUUAUCGCGCACCGGAAAUCCUGAUGGGAGCGCGACACUAUACCGCAGCCGUGGACGUUUGGAGUGUCGGUUGCAUUUUUGGCGAGCUUCUUCGUCGGCGGAUACUUUUUCAGGCACAGAGUCCUGUGCAACAGCUGGAACUGAUCACAGAAUUGCUGGGCACGCCAACCCUCGAGGACAUGAGGUUCGCGUGCGAGGGUGCGAGAUCUCACAUGCUGAGGCGCGCACCAAAGCCACCCUCGUUGACGGCCCUCUACACCCUUAGCAGCCAGGCGACGCACGAGGCUGUCCAUUUGCUCUGCCAGAUGCUAGUCUUCGAUCCCGACAAGAGGAUCACCGUGGUGGAUGCACUGGCGCAUCCUUAUCUGGACGAGGGGAGACUGAGAUAUCAUUCGUGCAUGUGCACGUGCUGUUACACGACCAGCGGAGGCUUGAGACAGUACACGGGGGACUUCGAGCCUGCCACGUCUCAUCCGUUCGACGAUCUCUGGGAACGGAAGCUCACCACUGUGCAGCAGGUGAAAGAGGAAAUGCACAAAUUUAUAGCGGAACAGCUGAACACGUCGCGCGUGCCGCUCUGCAUAAAUCCGCAGUCCGCGGCGUUCAAGAGCUUCGCAAGCUCCACGGUGGCUCAUCCCUCGGAAUUGCCACCCUCUCCUCACCAGUGGGAAUAAAAAUCUUCUCCGAAAUCGCGAAAGCUGAUGACGAACGCGCGGCCGAGCAUUCGCUUCGCUGGAAGACAGAUGUUGAAGAAUUUUCGACAGCCUGGAGAAGAAGAGUGAGAAAGGACGAGGAAAAGAGAUGGGCAAAGUGAGACAAGGAUGGAACGAAGAAGAGGAAACAGGCUGGAAAAAGGGCGAAGAAAAGAGAGAAAAGCGAAUUCGGAGAAAGAAGAUGGGAAGAAAGGAGAAGAAGAAGAGCCAAGAGAGACAAUAGACUGCCGAGCGCUGAAGCCUCAAUUUUCGACUAGCUGAUAUGUAUAUACAUAGACACGUGUAUGUAUAUAGAUAUCUAUAAAUAUAUAUUAUACAUACCGCUGUAUACAUACGAGAGGGAGCCUAGGAAAAAAGAAAAUAUACCGAAAUACAAAGGCGCACGAUACGAAGAGCACAGUCGAAGGAUUGAUACACAGAAGAAGAAGAGGAAGAAGAAGAGAAAAGAAGAAGGUGAAUCAGUUUCGAGGGAUCGGAGUUUGGUCAACUAGAGAAGAAAAGACGAAAGAAAAGGAGGGCGUAUACGUAGUUUGUAAGAAAGGGUCGAAAAGACGGGCCAGUCUUCUUUUAUUUUCUUUUCUUUUUAGAUUUUACACGCUUCUAUCAUUAAUGUACAUGUACACAUGUAAAACACGACCGCUGUGGCGCGUUUCCAACGAUCGAUUAACACGGGAGAAAGGUGACCAGGAUCGAUUGCUCCUUCGUCGAACGUAUUCGUCCAAUUAUUCCAAGAAUAAUCAUGUGUAAUAAUAAUUAUUAGAUAUAAUUUGGUUUCUCGUUGCAUGCGACUAUAAGAAAGAAAUUCUAGUUCAUACGCAUAAUAAAAUAGCAACGUUUUGUAUAGUGCGAGCACGUUUUUCGGACUCGAAAGUUUAAUCGAAACCAUUUUUUCGAAACUCCACGUCUCAGCCUUCGGACGAUCGACAGAACGACGAAUUCUAAGGACAAACAAAAUAAAAUAAAAGGAAAAACAUGGAAAAUCUGAAAAAAAAAUACCAGAGCAUUGAAGACUGGCAAUCAAAACUAACGUAGGCAGAUUUAAAACGCAGAUUUAUUCUGGUGUCUAGCACGAUCGUGCGCGGCCUUGCCAGCACGCAAACGACUCGAAUACAGAAAUUAUUUUCGAUAUGUCGUGUGUUUGAUGUCGAAGGAGAUCGUUCUGUUUGCCUUAUCUAAAUUUAUCGACAAUGCAGAGCAAAGAUCGUUCCUGGAUAUCUUUGAUUAAGAAAACAGAAAAGGAGAGAAAAAAAAACAAAAUUAAAGAACAUUGAUGAGAUGCCAAAAAAAAAGAAAAGAAAAAAAAUUGAUUGAAGCAGGAAUUGUGUAAAAAUAAUACGCAAAUAAUAUCCUUGGAAUAUUUCGAAAUAUGUAUUUGAUUCGAGUGUGUGACGACGAUCGUACUAAGCAAGAAUAAAUCGGCGAAGGAAACUAAAUGCAAUUCUAUGCAACUCUCCUUUAAAACAAAAAGUAAACAAAUAAAAAGAAAUAGAUCGUACAGUUUUGCGAGUAAAAUGCGCGUCUAAUGUAACGCUAGUGAGUAGAUAGGUAGGUACCUGCAUUUCAUGAAAUUUAACAUGCUUAAAUAGAUCCUUAAUAAAUCGUUAUACAUGUUUUGAUAAA